AAAAUUCAAACAAAAAUAACCAAAAUAACCUCUAUAGUCUAUACUGGAAACGUGAUAAUAUUUAGAGCUGUACCAAUAAUAUUUGUGAUCCAAGUGAUCAGACAAUUUAGUACUAACUUAUUUAGACAUGACUGGCUACGAGGUUCGACAUUCAAAUGCUAAAAAGGGAAAGGGUUUAUAUGCAACUAAACAGUACAAUGUAGGAGAUGUAAUAUUAGAAGAGGAUCCUUUGGUGUCGUGUCAAUUUACAUGGAAUGCUGCGUACCGGUAUCUGGCUUGUGAUCAUUGUAUGAGGCCUCUUGAGACACCGGAACAAAAUGUUAGAAGACUAGCUGUAAAACCAGACAUAGCAUUACCCCACUCAGAUGGUUUCGAAGCACCCCUAAUGGAUAUGACAAGUUGUAAUGCCUGUGGUGUGCUGUACUGUUCUGAUAGAUGUAGGGUAAAUGCUAGUGUCAGUUACCAUAGAUCAUUGUGCUAUGAUCAAUCUGAUGCUAGGCACCCCAUACAUAUCUUGCUAGAAGCCUGGAAACAACUGCAUUACCCACCUGAAACAACAAGUAUCAUGCUGUUGGUUAGAAUAUUAGCAUUCAUUAAACAACAUCCAGAUCCUGCAAUGGCUGCUUCCAACAUCAAACAGUUUUGCCAUAGAACCAUUAACGAAGACGCUGAAUUGAUGCACAAAUUGCUUGGGGAUCAGUUUAAAGAUCAGCUCAAUACUUUAAGAGAUUUGACAGCACAAGUAAUUAGUGGAGAUUAUGUUGAGGAGUUUCUAUCACCUGAAGGAUUUUGUACCCUUAUGGCUCUGGUUGGUACUAAUGGCCAGGGAAUCGGUACAAGUCCCCUUGCACAGUGGGUACACUAUGUAUCUGAGUUGGCCAUGUCUGAUGAUGAGCGGCAACAAAUGGAUCUAUUUAUUGACAGGAUAUAUAAGGAUGUUGAAAAUGAAGCUGGACAGUUUCUCAACAAUGAGGGUUCCGGCCUUUAUCAGUUGCAAAGUGCAAGUAACCAUAGCUGCACGCCUAACGCAGAGUCUACUUUUCCUUUUGGAAAUCAUCGGAUCCAAUUAAAAGCACUCAAAACAAUUGUGCCUGGAGAAGAGAUUUGUAUCAGCUAUUUAGAUGAAUGCUCCUUACAACGCUCGAGGCAUUCUAGACAAAAGGAGUUAGCCGAGAACUAUCUCUUCCUAUGUGGUUGUGAGAGGUGCUUAUCUGAGAGCAGUCAGCCGGACGUGACAAGUGAAGAGGAGAUGAGUGAGGAAGAGUUUGACUCGGAUGACUGAUGCUCUAACUUGCUGGCAUUCUGUUUGCUGGGACUGUGAAUCAGUGAAACUUAGUGCUUCAAUUUGGACUUAUUAAUAUAUUAAUAAAAAUACAAAUACUAAACGUCAAACUAAGGAUAUUUGAGGUUAUGUCGAGUUGUGGGUGAUUUUGUUUUCUCUCUACUUAGUCUACCUCCUGUGCUUCAUUGACCAUGUGUCAUUUUAAUAAAAGAUAUAUAGAUAUGUUAUCAAGUUCCUUCCCUACUUCCUUAAUUUAUCCAAUAGACCCUUGGAAGAAGAUAAAGAGUAUGCUCAUACAUCCUUGUCGUACACCUGACUUGGUUUGGACUGAAGAGAAAUCAUCUGUAUGCAUCAAUAGAAAAAUAUAAUUAGGUUAAAGUAUAAUUGUUUUGUAUUAAAAUAUUGUCUAAAUGCAUUUUAAAUGCGGAAUAUUUUUUUAAUUGAUAGUAAUUAUUGUCUAUGGCCUAAAAUAUGUAGGUUUAUUAAGUGUUAAAAUUUCCAUUGCUUAGUAUUAAUGCUUAAACAAUUUGAAAGAAAGCUAGUAUAGUCGCGAACUUAUUAUAGCUUAUAGCCAGGGUUGCCAUAUUAUAAUUUGAUACAAAUUGUGUAUGAUGCGAGGUACAAAUGUAUCCGGUCUGUAUCAUAGGAUAAAAGAUCUUAAAUAAUAAGAUACGCAUACCCCCACUUUAACGUUUCCCAUAGCAUUUGUUUCUUUUCUGAAACGAUAACUAAUAGAUUUUACGUAUUGGUCGAGCUAAGAUUUGUUGUGACAGACUAUUCCAAAAAAAAGAAAAAAUUUAAACAAUAUUUUGCCAAAUUUACCUACCACUCGUCUGUAAGUUUAAGCAUGUUUGCGUAUGCACGUGUACGUGAAUGUUCGUGUAAAAUUGUCUCUUGUCUCCGUAAAUUGUCUUAGAUCACACUUUUCAUAUUCUCUUUACCGUAGAUAUAGGCGAGUUAACUAGGAAUAAGUGUUGAAAAAAUUUAAACUGGAUAAAAUUUGUAUUAGUGUUAAUGUGAUAAUCAAGGCCUAAAUGUCGGUUAUUAUAGUGUAUUAAAAAUAAAGAUAACUUUGUUAUAGUUAUUUAAUCGUAAAAUACUGUAUUGUAUUUGAUACAUUUUAGUAGACGUACAAUUCAUUUCAAUCUGAUCAUAGGCAUAAUCUGCCUGCAACCGAACAAGUCAAUUAAAAAAAACCCCAAUGCAUUGACAUUUUGCUAUAUAUUUUAGUACCACAAGAUUGUUAAAUUUAUAUAGUACAAGUAAAAGGGAUUAUUCGCAAUUAAUGGCUUAUUUGUAACCUGCAAAAUGGCGGCUUAGUUCGUAUAUCAUUACGUAGGAUUAUAUACAUUAUUACGUAGGGUUCGAACGCCAAACUUCGAAAGCAAUAAAAUAUUUCAGAAAAUACAUAACCCGCUAAGUACAUCAUUCAUUUUCAAUUAUACCUACUAAUUGCAUCUCUUUAUGAGUUAAUAAUAAAAUAUAGAGCAAUAUUACAUUACUAAAAUUAAGAUACGUAAACAGAGCAAUGUUUGGAAAUCAUAGACUAUAGAUUUUAUAUAGGUUGUAAUAAUAGAUGUCAUUCAAUGUAAAAUUAUGCAUAUUGUAUUAUUGCAUGUUAUCAAUAAAAAUAUUGUCCGAUA